CAGAUUCGUUCAUUAGAGAAAGUGUAAACCUAAUGUUAAAUUAUAAGUAUUAUUUUAUAAUUAAUAUCAAUAUAUAAAAUAUAUCAAAACGAAAAAAAUGGUCGUUGACAGUGUAAAAACUACAGCGUUUUUGGUGCAAGGUCUUGCGACUCUAAAAAUUUCCUUUUUAGCAGCGUUGAUUGGCUUCGUUUACGCAUGGCCGUCAUAUACUCUAUCAAAUUUCCGAUCCGCCGACACAGUGUUAUCAGCGCCAAUGUCGUCUUUGGAAAUAUCCCUUCUCGGCAGUCUGACCAAUGUUGGAGGGCUCUUAGCGACCCCGCUAUGCGGUUAUUUAUUAAACAAAUUGGGACGCAAGUAUACUGCGAUGCUUUUUGGUUUGCCGUUCGUGAUUUCCUGGUCAGUUAUAUCAAUAACCAACUACGUUCCUCUAAUAUUGUGUGCUGUUGGAAUUUCUGGCUUCGGAGCAGCAGGCCAAGUUUUGACAACGGUGUACAUAGCUGAAAUAUCUCAAGACGCUGUCAGGGGUGCCUUCACAUCGAUAAUAUCUGUUGGUUACUUCCUUGGGCUACUCCUAUCGUAUUCAUGGGGAGGAUUCCUUACGUUCUACGAAGUGGUGUAUUUACAUUUGGGACUGUCUAUUCUGUAUUUGGCGAUGUCGAUGUUUUUGAAAGAGAGUCCGGUGUUUUUGGUACAGAGAGGAAGAGAUGAGGAGGCUGCCAGGUCAAUAGCAUUUUAUAGAAGGGUGAAUGUGACAUCAAGAGAGGUCGAGGUUGAGUUGAAGAAAAUAAAAUUGCAGUUAAAAACAAUUGCCAAUGAAAAUGACGCCCAGACUACAGACGCAUUGAUUGAAAAUAAACUUACAGGUGAAGCAGCAAGGUCUGAUUCAGCUUGGCAGUUUCUACUAAAAUCCGAAUCAUCAAAGCGUGCGCUCACUACAUGUUUAAUCAUCAUGAUAAUCAAGACAUUCAUGGGAGCUGUUACGCUACAAGUUUACGCUGAACCACUGUUUAAGAUGGCCGUGCCUGACAUAAAUACUUAUAAUUGUAUUAUAUUCAUGGCGAUUGUCAAUGUGGCAGCUAGCAUUAUUUGCUCGCUCCUGAUAGACAGACUGGGGAGGAAGUUCCUCAUGAUAACCUCGUCAGUUGGAUCAGGAGUUUGUACAUUCCUACUUGGAACACAAAUGUUGUUCAAUUGGGCCCCAGGAAUCUUUACAGCUGUCAUUAUGUAUGCAUUCGCAUUUAUAUAUAUUGUUGGCGCUAAUGCCGUCAUAUUCGUACUAGGGGGUGAAGUGUUUUUGCCAGAGGUCCGCAGCCUCUGCAACACUUUCAUCAUGAUUUGUAUGUGGUCCGUCAAUUUCGCAGCUCUUGUCAUAUUCUUCCCAAUCGUGGAGAACUUCGGCCUUCACUCGGCCUUCUUCGGAUUCUCCGUCAUUUGUUUUGUUGGAGCUCUCUACUGCCACUUCUUCUUGCCAGAGACUAAAGGAUUAUCAGCUGAUGAGAUUCAGCUUUUGUUCGUUAAGAAUAGAAAGGGUACCGGUGGGAAAUCUUGAUAUAAUUUUUUAUAUAAUUUUAGGUUGACUAAAUUUUCAUUUUUGUUUAUUUGUGUA